UUCAAUCCUUCUGAUCCAAUCGACAGGUCACGAUCGUGCCGCGCGCCUAUAUAAACGGCCACAACAUUCGAGAACACCCAACCAACGGAAGAACCGGCCAACAAGAACGUCAGUUGAUAUUAGUAACCUAGGCUACAGCUCACCGGAGAAGAAGAUAAGAACAGAAGAACCAAAAACACCCCGACGACAACCGAACCAACCAACCGUCAAACCAACAUUCCAUCCAGCUGCGUAAAAAAGCGUCACGAGAUGGAGAGGUCUGUUAGAUUCGCCGUGGUGUGCGUCGGUAUCUCCAUGCUUAUCUCGUGCCACCCUAUCGAGGCGUGGUACAAGCAGUCCACCGGACCGAGCUACCACUCGGUCGGCCGAGCCUCGGGUCUGCUGUCCGGGAUCCGGAGGUCCCCGUACAUCCGGAGGUCCGAGUCAGAAGAAACGGUGAUGGACAGCGGGGAGAAUACCGGCACCGAUUACAAUUUGGUGACUGACGGUAACCGACAGACCCCCGUGCUCAAAAACAUG